AUCAUCAUCAUCAUCAUCAUCAUCAUCAGCAUCAACGAAUACAAAAUUCUGCAUUCGAUUUACGAUGGUCAUCGGUCAUUGGACCAGUAUCUUUUUGUUUUGCAUUUAAUCAUGGUCCAUUUUUGGUAUUCAAUUUAUUGGCCAUAUUUAUACCGGGAUUAUGGACACCAUUUCAUGAUCUAAUAUUGGUGGCACUUUCAUUAUUUGAAGCAUUAUUAUUACCAUUGAUUAUAUUUAUUUCGAAUGAAACAUUUCGUGAUGCUUUCACACGAUCAUGUUGCCAUUGCCAUAGUUCAUCAUCACAUCAUCAUCAUCAUAAUCGCCAUCGUCCUCAUCAUCAUCAUCAUCAUCAUCAUCAUCAUUCAAUUCAUGAUAAAAUAUCAUCAAUUUGUUCAAGUAAUAAAUCAUCAUUGACAUUUACCGUUACAUCGAAUGCAACCGCAACAACAACAAAUGAUAUUAGUACUGUUGAACGGAAUGCAAUACAAUCACAGAUGCAACCACCAGCAUUAUAUCCGGUGUCAUCAUCUAAUACAUCGUCGAAAACAUCAUCAUCUACAUCAUCAUCAUCAUCAGCUGCAUCUACAUCAUCAGCUGAUAAAAAACAACAAACAACACGAAUCAAUUCAUUUUUAACAUCAUAUCAUUCUGAUUUAGAUUUAGUGAAAAAAUAUUCUAAAAACGAUCAAUCUACAAAUAAAUUAAAUGCUUGUAAUGGUGGUGGUGGUGGUGGUAAAAUAACAUUUCAAAAAUAUUCCCAUAACAAUGGCGAUAUGAAUCGUCAUAAACUGAAUCAUGCAACAUCAAUGCUCGACCUUUCUUUAAGUUCACGAAAUGCAAAUCAUCAUAACAACUAUUAUUCACAUCAUCAUCAUCUGAACAAUCGACAACAACAACAACAACAACGAAAUUCCCAUUACCAACAACAACAAUCUCAAAAUUAUUAUCAUCAUCAUCACGCAUCACGGUCUCGUUAUUCGUUAGCAUUAACAUCUCAACAACAACAACAACAACAAUCGAAUAACUAUGAUCCAUUGUUAUUGUUAACGCCCAAACUAUCAUCAUUUAAUCAACGUCGACAACAACAACAACAACAACAACAACGUCCACCAUCAGUUGCUUCAUGUCAUUAUUUAUUUUCUUCUAAUCAAUCAGCCAAUCAAUCGCAACAACAGCAACAACAACAAUCGAAAUAUGGCCGAUAUUAUGGACAAUUUAUGUUUGGAGCAUCAUCAUCAUCAAUUUUAAUGCCAAAAUCAGAAUCAACAUUAAGUGUACCAUUGAAUGUAUCAUCAUCUGGAUCAUUUAAUAAUAAUCGUUUCGAUUCAUCAUCAACACCAUAUAAGAAAGAAUUCAUUGCCGUUGGUGAUGGCAAUGGUAAUAGUAAUAAUAAUAAUAAACUAUUCAAUCAUGGAAAAUGUAGUCCAAUUUCAAUCAAUAUAAAUCAAUUUGAUUCAUCUACCGCUGCCGCUAUUGCUAUUAAUAAUAUGCCCAUAAGCAAUAAUAAUGAUGUUGAUGAUGAUGAUGAUGAAAUAACUACCGAUAUCGUACGUAAAUCGACAACAAAAUUAAUUGAUAACAUAAUACAAGGAAUAACUGGACGUUCACGUUGUUCUUCCAUACGGAAAAGUGAUUCAGAUGCAUCAACAUUUUAUAAUCGUGUCCACAAUAAUAAUAUGAAACGGUCACAAAUUGCAAGGAAUCAAUUGUCGAAUAUUUUAUAUAAUAAUUUUUAUAAUAAAAAAUUAUCACCAUCUGCAUUUGGUAGUGAAAUCAUUUUGUUAUCAGAAAAUGAACACGGAAAACAUUGUGUAAAAUCAUCAUCCAACAAACAACAACAACAACAACAGCAACAAUCUGGCCAAUUUCCACGUCCACAUGUUUAUCUGCCAAGUGUUUCAUCGUCAUCAUCAUUAUUACUACAAGAAUCGAAUACAUCGAGAUCAAAUUCUUGUCAACAAAUAGCAAUAUUAAAUGGUGAAAAUACUGAUCAUUAUCAUAAUCAUUUAUUGUUGAAGAAACAAAAUCUAUCAUCAUCAUUGAUGUUGGAUGAAUCAUCGCCAUUGAUUGGUAAUGAUGAACAACUACAACAACAACAACAGCAGCAGCAUCAGCAGCCAUACAAUGGUGAAAAUCACAUCAUUAGGAAUGGUGAUUUCAACAACAAAAACAAUUUGAUUAUGGAUGACGAGCCUAUUUAUGCUUCAUUACCCAAUGAUGAACAAGACGAAGAAGAAGAACAUGAAAAACAUGAUGAUGAUGAUGAUGAUGACGAUGAAAUCAAAGCUUCUGGAUCGUUUAGUGCCCGAUCUACAUUACCCGAUGAUUGUCAGCUUAUCUCGGUGUAUGCACAUGCCGGCAACCAUGGUGAUGAACAACAACAACAGCAACAAAAGUCGAAUAUUUUGCAAAUCAACAGCAGCAAUGUUAAUGGAAAAAAUAUUCGAAAUUUAAAUUUAAAAUGUUUUCCAGAUACCGAUAACAAUAACAAUGGUGACAAUGGCAACAGUAAUAGCAGUAGCCAUACUACUAGUAGUAGUAGUACUAGUACUGUUGAUGAAUCAAGUGAAGAUAUCUAUGAAGAAGUUGGCCAUUUAGUGGUUCGAUCAUCGGUUAUUCGUCCGAAUGAUGAUGGUGAACUAAAUAAUUUUGACAGCAGUAAUAAUAAAAGACAACGUUCAGCUAGCCAAGAUACAUUGAUUGAACAGAAUAAUAAUGAUCCAUUUGAUGAUUCAGAACAAUCCAAUGUAUCAAAUUUAAAUGCAAAUCAUAGCAACAACAACAUCAGCGAUGAUGAUCAAACAUCAUUGCAUACAGCCAAUGAUGAUGAUGAUGAUGAUGAUGAUGAAGAUUUGGAUGAAGAUCAAAUCUCGAUAUUAAGUGAAACAUCAUCAUCAACAUUUUCAUCAUUCACCACUUGUGCAAAUCAAGAUUUUGAAUUUAUUGUAUCACAACAACAACAUUUGACCGAUAUGACAACAGCAACAACAACAACACCAACAACAACAAAACAGACAUCAAUGGAAUCAUCAAAUAUCAGCCAAAAUCAAAAUAUCAAAUCGGCCAUUAAAUCAAAUGCCACUAAUCAAUUGGCUUUACGGUAUUUGAAAUCGGAUCUGGAAAAUUUCCUUAUUGAAAAACCAUCAUCAUCAUCGUCGUCAUCAUUAGAGCCAUCAACAUUAUCAAUGGCUGCAAUGUAUUAUAAUCGAUUGAUUUUGGAUUCUGAUUCAAAUCGUAAAAAUGCUAAAAAAUCUGGCCAUCGUCAACGUUCCAAAUUGAAUCGUCGGCAAUCAUUUUCCACUGCACAUGAAUUACGACAACGUAUACUAUAUAAUCAAGUGAAUAAUAAUAAUAAAAAUGAUCACGAAACAAAUAAAAUGGGACUUAUCGAAGAAGAAGAGAUUGAAAAUCAUCAUCAUAAUAAUGAUAAUGGUUCAAUCAAUGAAUAUUCAAUGUUUCAAACGACAAAUUUCAAUGAAAUGAAUUUUCCAUUCAAUAAAUUGGAUCGUAGAAUCAGUAGUAGUGAAGAUAAUUUACUUUCAAUCAUUUCUACUAUUGCCAAUUGUGGUGAUGAUGAUGAUUAUGAUAAUAAUCAAGAAUUGUUGUUGGAAUCACCAAAUAAAAUUCCAUGUACAAAUGUAGAAAAAGACAAUUUUGCCCAGAUUUCAAAUGAUGCAAACAUUACAUCAUCAAAUGGAACAUUUGUAUUGAAAAAAGAUGUAAACCAACGAAAUAAUAAAUCGGCUAUACCUAGAGCUACAUCUAAUUCAAAUAACGUUAUUGGCGCUACUGCAGUUGGUGGUUUUUCAUCGAAUGAAACAUUGAAAAUAACGAUAAAAGAGCUAAAAUCAAAAAAACAGGCACAAAAACGAUCAACAACAACAACGAAUAAUUUAAAUUCAAAUCUAAAAUCUAAAUCAUCAUUGAUGGCCAAUUGUAAUAAUCGUAUUUAUGAGCUUGGUUCAUUAUGGGAAAGACAAUCGUCAUCAUCGUCAUCAUCAUCAUCAUCGAAAUAUGGUAAAGAAUCGCUAAUAAAAUCUUCAUCCAAUAUUUCCUCUUCAUCAUCCGAAUCGAAAGUGAAACAAGAUUUCAAUCAAAAUAAAUUUAAAUCAACAAAAACAACAACAACAUCUCCAUCAUCAUCAUCUAGUCGCGUUUCAACAUUCAUAACGGUAUCACCUUCACCACUUCGACAACAACAACAACCAAAAAAACCACAGACAAAUUUUACCUCGAAAUUAUUACCACCUUCAGAUUAUGUAGUCAAACAACAACACAACAGCAGCAGCCAAAACAAGAUGCAAGACAGAAUGCCAUAUUGGCUAAAAAUGCAUUGCUUAUGAGUGGAAUUCAACGAACGCCAAUCAACAAACUGCCAUUACAACAACAACAACAAACAACAAUAAGCACAAUAUAAUCGCCACCGACAAUGACGAUGGCAAAAAAAAAUGCCAAAAAUUCAAAUUUUUUUUUCAAUUGUAAAUUUCUUUAAACGCACGUAUCAUGUCAUUUGUUUGUUUGUUUUUUUUUUUUUUUGCUAAAAAUCCAAUCAAUUUCUAUCUCUCUUUUUCGAUCACAAUUGCCAAUUUUGUCUGUCUUUUUUUUUGAUAAAUGUAAUUUUUAUAUUUUGUAAAUAAAAUUUUUAAAGUUUUUUUCGAAAAAAUUAUUUCAAAAAGAUGAA